AUGAAUAGCUUUGGAGGUUUUACUUGCUACAUGGUCUCUAAACUUUUCCUAAGUGAGAUUGUUCACGGAAAGUUAAAGGAUUAAUUCUAAGGAAUAUCUUCGAAAGUUAAUGAGCACUCAGACAAUUUAUUUUUCUACUUGACCUUCUUAAGAAUAUUCCCAGGAUCCCCUAACUGGUUGAUGAACAUCUCUUUCGCUCAUAUUGAAGCAAUAAAGCCAUACCAAGUUUUCUUCUCAAUUUUUAUUGGGUUAAUGCCUUGGAAUUUUUUCACCUGCCAAGGAGGAUAGAUUCUAUCAGAGAUUAAAUCAAAGUCAGAUGUUAUUAAGCCAGAAACCUAUAUGCAAUUAAUUGGAUUUGCAGUAGUAUGCCUUAUUCCACCUCUAAUAAAAAAAUUCUUUAUCAAGGAAAAAGCAAAAGUAGAAUGA